UCGCCGGUGCUGAGCAGAGCGGGCGGGAUGGUCCCGCGGAGCGCAGGGGCUGAGCCCCCCCCCGGUUGGUACCUCCGGGACCGGGACAGCGGCGCGCUCUACAAGCGGGGACGGCUCCUGGGAGAGGGCACCUUCGGCCGCUGCUACCAGGUGACAGAGGUGACCAGUGGCCGGCUGUACGCGGCGAAGGUGAUCCCGCGAGCCCGGCUCGCCACUGCGGCCAUCGGGGACAGGGUGGAGCGGGAGCGGGAGCUGCAGCGGCACCUGCGCCACCGGCACAUCGUGCGCCUGCACGGGCACUUCACGGACCGCGGCCACCUCUGCCUGCUGCUGGAGCUCUGCAGCCGCGGGUCCCUGGCUGACAUCCUGCGGGCUCGGGGCCGCCUGACGGAGCCGGAGGUGCGUUACUACCUGCGGCAGCUGCUCUCGGGGCUGCGCUACCUGCACGGGCACGGCCUCGUCCACCGGGACCUCAAACUGAGCAACUUCUUGGUGACGGAGCGGAUGCGGGUGAAGAUCGGGGACCUGGGGCUGGCCCGGCGGGCGGCACCGCCCGGGCGGCGCUGGGGGGCGCUCUGUGGGACACCCGCUUACCUGGCCCCGGAGGUGCUGGAGCGCAGGGGACACGCGGUGCCAUCGGAUGUCUGGGCCCUGGGCUGCGCUGUGUACACGGCGCUGACCGGCCACGCCCCGUUCGAGGCUCGCCACCGGCCGGAGCUGUACCGGCGCAUCCGGGGGGCUCGGUACCCGCUGCCCCCCCAGCUCUCCCCCCGCGCCCGCGCCCUCAUCGCCCACAUGCUGGACCCCGAGCCCGCGGCACGGCCCAGCCUGGCGGGGGUGCUGGCCCACCCCUUCCUCACCCAGGGUUUCACACCCCACGCGCUGCCACCCCGCGCCUGCCACUCCGUGCCCAUCUUCGUGGGACAGGAGCCCCUGCGCCGGAUCCUGCGGGGGCUGCGGUGCUGGCGGGGCUGUGGCUGCGUCCCUGCCACCCCCGGGGGUGGCCGUGCCCCUCCCCAAAGCACCUGA